AUGGGAAAUCCAAACAAUACAUCAACAGAUUCUAUACUACAAGAUCAUAAAACUUCAACACAAUCUAACAUAAAUUCAAUAUCAUUUAUAAGGUCAAUAAAAGAUUGGUGGUCAUGUCCUACUCAAUUAAUGUAUGAUUCAAAUAAAACUACACAAUCUAAAAAAUAUGAAGAAGCAAAAUUAAAAAAUAGAAUUAUUGAAUAUGAAUUAUUUCGAGCUAUAUUACCUGAUGAAAUAUAUAUAAAACAUCCAAUAAAUGAAGAAUCUGCUUCAGAAUCAGAUACAACUGAGAAAAAAGAGCAUAAAAUAAUUGGAGAAUUACUCGAUGAUGAGUUAGAUGAUGGUACAUUCAUUCAUGAAUUUUUUAUAAGUAAUAAUGAAAAAUCUGAUAAAGAAGUUCAUAUAGUUAUAAUACAUGGUUAUAUGGCAGCAUUAGGAUAUUUCAUCAAGAAUAUAGAACCACUAGCUAAAAUACCUGGUAUAAAAUUACAUUUAAUUGAUUUACCAGGAUUUGGUAAUUCUUCAAGACCAAAAUUCCCAACUCAAUUUUUAAAAACUCCAACUACAAAAAAAGAACAAAUAUUACAAAUUUUAGAAAUUGAAAACUGGUUUAUUGAUAAAAUUGAAAAUUGGAGAAUUAAAAGAAACAUUAAUAAAUUUAAAUUAAUAGCGCAUUCAAUGGGUGCUUAUUUAUCAUGUUGUUAUUUAAUGAAAUAUAAUAUACAACAAGAUAAUUCAAAAUUAGUUGAUCAAAUAAUAUUAGUUAGUCCAAUGGGAACAGAAUCAAAUCCAAUAAGUUUAAUUAAUGAUUCAAAAUAUGAUAUAAAUUUAAAUUUUAAAAGUAAUGCAUUAAAUGAAUUAAAAUUUGAAGAUGAAAUAAAUAAUGAUCAAAUAAUAAUAAAUGAAGAAUUUACAAAGAUAUGGGAAAAAUUAGGACAACCAAAAUUUCCCAAGAAUUUAAUUUUAAAAUAUAUUUGGGAAAAUAAUUAUUCACCAUUUCAAAUUUUACAAAAAACUGGUCCAUUAUAUUCAAAAUUACUUUCAUAUUGGUCAUUUCAAAGAUUUAAAAAUUUUGAAGAAAAUUCUAAUAAUUCUAAUGAUUUUGAUUCAAAAAAAGAUGAUAAAAUUGAAUUAAUUUUAAAAUUACAUAAUUAUUCAUAUUCCAUAUUUAAUCAAUUUCAAAUAUCAGGAGAAUUAGCAAUAACAAAAUUUAUAAAUCAUGAAAUAUUAGCAAAAUUACCACUUUGUGAUAGAGGAUUAGUUGAUUUUUUUGUUAAUAAUAAUAUAAAUAAUUAUUGGAUUUAUGGAGAUAAGGAUUGGAUGAAUUAUAAAGGUGGUGAAUAUAUUUUUGAAAAAAUUCAAUCAAAAAGUAAAAAAAGUGAUAGGUCUGUUGUUAGUAAAUUUGAAAUUUUACCUAAUUCUGGUCAUCAUAUAUAUUUAGAUAAUCCAAAAUUAUUUAAUGAAAGAAUUUUAGAAUUUUUUGAUUUAUAA